CAGAAAAACACCGCGCGGACAUGGAUUAAUUAAAAUGACAAGAAGCUACGCGUAAAGUCGGAGGAGACGCCAGCACCGUACGCUAUGGAUUCACGGAGACAAAUGCCGUCGCUGGAAACUGCGUGUUAGCGGUGUUUUACCGUCGGACGGUCCGGUAACGAGCGUUGUUUUCACUGAGUGGCCGUGUUUAUGUCUACUUGCUAGCUUAAGCCAGCGUCGCGUUAGCCGCUCCGCGCAGACAAACAGCGUCUAUCCCUGUGAGGAGAUAAUGUGACCUGCCGUGUUUUUGAUAUAUAACAGGAGGAAACAGUGCUGUGCCUGUUUGAUCGUAACUACAAAGAGUUUGUUUUGGUCGCUUUGGGGUCCAGACUCUGUUGCUGCGUCCUCACCGACAACAUUUCUUGUUGUUUUAAAUCGCACAAGACACUUUUGGGAAUCGUGUCUGAAGUCAGCUUUUGUACCAGAGGACGACAUGGGUGUAAUCUGGACUUCAGUCCCCACAAAGAAAACACAGCAGACACUUUGUAAAUAACACUUCCCUGUCAGCCGGUAGGCUCCACUACUUUUUCCGAGUUCCGCUGACAAGGCACAUAAACUAUAUCCUGUGUUUGGAUUCGGCUGAAGUGAAGGAGAGCUUCCUUUCUCGUUUCUUUUUUAUUUAUUUAUUUUUGUUUGUGUCAGCACUGUUUUUCUUGCUUAUACCGAGGUCUUCAGCUCAACAGUGAAGGAUGAAUGGCCUCUCUCUCAGUGAGCUCUGCUGCCUGUUCUGCUGCCCGCCUUGCCCGAGCCGCAUUGCAGCCAAGCUCGCCUUCCUGCCCCCGGAGCCCACGUACGCCUUUCUGCCAGACCCGGAGGCAGGCCCCGCGGCACCCGGGGCAACGGGGACGUCGAGCCUGCGGGCGCGGAGCGGGGCCUCGGUUGCUGGAAGCGGAGGAGCCGGGGCUGUGGAGGGGAGAUGGAAGCUUCACCUGACGGAGCGAGCAGAGUUUCAGUACUCUCAGAGGGAGCUGGACACGACGGAGGUGUUCCUCGCUCGAUCCAGCCGAGGGAACAGAGUCGGCUGCAUGUACAUUCGCUGCGCUCCUAACGCCAGAUUUACAGUGCUUUUCUCCCAUGGCAACGCAGUCGACCUCGGCCAGAUGAGCAGUUUCUACAUCGGCCUCGGCACUCGUAUCAACUGCAACAUCUUCUCCUACGACUACUCGGGCUAUGGCGUCAGCACCGGCAAGCCGUCUGAGAAGAAUCUCUACGCAGACAUAGAUGCUGCCUGGCAUGCCCUGCGCACGCGGUAUGGCAUAAGCCCAGAGAACAUCAUCCUGUACGGUCAGAGCAUUGGUACAGUUCCCACUGUAGACCUGGCAUCGCGGUAUGAGUGUGCCGCCGUGGUCCUGCACUCACCUUUAACUUCUGGUAUGAGAGUGGCCUUUCCUGAAACAAAGAAAACCUACUGCUUCGACGCUUUCCCCAACAUCGAAAAAGUGUCCAAAAUAACUUCCCCGGUGCUCAUCAUCCACGGGACAGAGGACGAGGUGAUCGACUUCUCCCACGGCCUGGCCCUGUUCGAGCGCUGCCCCAAGGCCGUGGAGCCUCUCUGGGUGGAAGGAGCGGGACACAACGACAUCGAACUGUACAGCCAGUAUCUGGAGCGCCUGCGCCGCUUCAUAGGACAGGAGUUGGCGGUACAACACGCCUAAACCACCACCACCACCACUACAAUCAGCAUCAGAAUUACCGUUUUUGUUUUGUUUUUUUCUUUCCUGGUCCACUUAAAGCCUCACCUCUCCAAGAUGGAAAUCUGUCCAAGACUCAUCUAAACCGUCCCUCAGCUUACCAAUGCUUCCAGGAGUGUCACGUUCAACAUAUUGUAGUGUUUUCGGGGCGUAGUUUGCCCGCAAUGGACCGUGGAUCUGUGAGGCGCACGGAGGAGUGUGUUUCAGAUGUGUGUGUGUGUGUGUGUGUGUGACUGCGAAAGACUUGUUUUCUAGCAGGAACUUUUAAGAGUACAGCUGCUAUGUGUUACGUGGUAGCAGAUGUGUUCCUAUACUGUGCAAUAACACGGACAGUGUCCACAAGAAAAAAAAAAAAAAAAGGCUUUUGUUGAUAUUAGAUGAGUUAACAGAACAACAAACUGAGAAGUAAUCAUGUCGGUCGACUACAUCACAGUCCACGUGGGCGGCUCCUGUCGGUUUUCCAGCCCACUCGUACAGUUUGUUUUUAACCUGAGUUAGCAGAUUAAUAGAGAAGCACCUUUAUUAGAGGAUUAGAGGAGGGUUGGGGGAAUAUUUUCUAAUCAUUAUUAAAAUGUGGCACAAAGAUGCUCUUUACAUUUGAGUUACCACUUUCUAUUAGUUGCACCAGUCAAAUGCAAUCCAGGAGUGUUGAUUUAAGGUGCUGUCUUGUCUUUUUUUUUUUUAGUUCCUGGUUAGUUGGUGUAGCAUCGGACUGCAUUAUAUUGGAAGGUGUUUCUAAUAUUCUGUCUCCCUCGAGGCGGACGAAAGCGGCGACUCGUAUAUAUUCCUGGGGGAAAAUGAUACAUCCAUGGGUAUAAGUUUGUAUUUUGAGUCUUUCAUUUAGUUUUUAUCGUACUGAACUUUUCGCUCAGGUAACCCUCUUUUAGACAUUAGGGUGAGUGUGCUCCACACUUGUUCGUUUUUGUAUGCUAAAUCUCCUCACGUCCACAUUUCUUAGUAGCGAGUUAAUCCAGUGUGAGAUCCUUCAUUUUUUUUUUAACCCAGUAAAGAACCAGACUUUGAUCCUUAAACUGAGGUAAAGUUUGGUGACACCCCCCCAACACAUCUGUAUCCCGGUACUGGACUCUGGGAUCAGCUGUGUUCAAGAGGGACAAAAGUUCAAGAGCCUCAAAAAGGAAAAAUACCUCCAGGUCUCUCAUUUAAUGGAAUGUCUGAGAGUCUGUUAGCCCCGUCCGUUUAGUUUUAGUCUUGUUUAUGUCUCACACCAGUAGGUCACAGCUGUCAACACUGUUUCUCUCUCAGUGUCUGGAACAAGAGAAGCAACACUAAAAUUAAACAGGCCUUGGCUGUCUCCCUCCAGCCUCUUCUCAUCCUUUGCUGUGUUUAUAUCCUAAAAAAUCUUUUCUGACACCCGUAUUACUCAUUUGCACUCCAUCUAAAGGGACACUUUUGUCAGCGUAGGAAGUGAAUUACUGGUCAGCUUUCUCAUUUCGGUGAUUGGUGAAUUAUAUCACAUUCUGAUGAUGAUAAAAAGCAUUCCCUCCCUUUUUCAGGUAAGCACAGAACAGCAACGUAGUUCAGCGGUUGCUUUACAGCUCUAGAUUCAGUACAAAAGCUCUUCUGAGACACUUGUCGACAGGCGAACAAGUGUUGGCGCUGCUUCUUUGUCAGACACGUUACUGUCCACUGCCAUCCUGUGCUGUAGCGUCACACUCUUUGUGUAAAUGUAGAGCAGCUCUUCAGAUCCCUGCCCUCUCUGGUUUACAGUCUUUCUAACAACUGCCUAUAAUAUUUGUUCGUCUAUGCACACAAGCAUAGUCGUUCAGUAUUUAACCUGUUGGUAACACUAUUUCACAACACAAGUGAUGUUCAAUGAGGUUUUUGUAACAGCUGUGAGCCGAAGCGUGCUGGUUUUUUUCCCCCCCCUUGUGGCUAAUUGAUCUUUUUUUUGUUAUUUGGAGGGAUAUCAGUAUACAGCAGAUUGUCCCGUUCUGCUUCACGUACUGGUUUUGUCUGUGAAGAUAAUUGGUACAUGAUUGUGCAAAUCAUUGUAAGUUAACUCCUAAAGAUCAUUUUCACUUGAGCUCAUCAUGACAGAAUCACGGUAAUUAAAAGUGCAGUUUGAAGUGAACAUGCCACCAAAGUUUGAAACCAUUUCUGGCUAGAAUAUAAAGGACACAAGCGUUUCUUUAGGCACCGAGCGUUGCUUCGUUAGGCGACUCGGUUAGAAGCCGAGUUUGCGACCGUUCUGUUUAUUUUUGAAGUCCAGAUUUUUAGGCUUUCUUGUCGAUGUAUGAACCAAAGUUUUUUUUUUUUUAGUGCUUUAGCCAGUGUACCCGCUGUUUUGUUUUGUAUCUUCAUAAGCAAUAUUGAAAAUUCUUUUAUCAACUUGUUAUUUAUCUAUCUCGAUAUUUUUCCACCUCACAUUUGGAUACAAAUUCAUUGUAAGAAAAAGAUUUCUCAGCUUGCUAAAUGAUUCUAUUUUAUCAUAUCACGUCUACUUUCCGAUACGCAGGAGCAGAAUGCUAGAAAUUAACCAAAUUUUUGCGUGCGCGUGUGUGUUUUUUUCAAGCUGUUUAUAAUUUAUGCAGGAGUUCGGCUAAGCAGUGCAGCGAAGUCACGUGUGUGUAGAUGAAAGAAUAUUGACAGAAGAGCUUCAAGCAAAGACAUGAAAAGAAAAAAAACUGUCUUAUUCAAACCGUGUGGAUUUCUGUUGAGGAUUGCAGCCGUGGGUAUCGUUUUCAGCAUCGCACAUUCUUAUCCAUUGUUUAUUAUACUGACAAAUGUUUAGUUUUUAAAGAUAUUGUCUUUUUUUUCCAAGAAUAAGUUAAUAAAACAUAAUCAGAAGUUGAUAAGAA